UGCUGCUCGAGUCGCGCGACUGUCUUCCCCAGGGAGAGAGAGAUCCGAAUCUCGUUUCAAUUCUCGAUCUCUUCCUCUCGAUUUCGAAGAAUCUUCGUGGCUAUUUCUUUUCUAUUUUCACUGUGCAAUCGAAAUCAACAAUAAUUUUUACGAGAUUACGUUUUUCACUACCGCAUAGCUCUCCAUUGGAUCCUCGAAGCAUAGCUCUCUCCAUUGUAGACCCUGCUUCCCGAGUCCUUCAUAUCCUCUGUUUUUUCUUCAUAAAUCAAUACGCCAGGUUUCGUUUUUAACCAAAUCUCUUCUCUUCAUGGUUACUGUCAUGUGAGGACAAGUCUGAAUGUGAUUGCUUCUUCAAUUAAAAUGUGUUUACUAUUUCAAAAUACCUUUGUUGUGAAUUUGAAUGUCACAGUUUCCGCUUCAUAGACGAUUGAUUUUUGAAUACAAAAGUGGGAAAAGAAUCAAAAGCUCUUGGUUUUGCUCAUUCCAAUUCCUACUUGGUUCUUCAAGAUACCUUAAACGUUAACAACUAUGUCGUAGUGACAAUGUUUAUCUGAUUUCCUAGAUUAUAAGAGUUGUAGUUGGUAAUAGACUAAGAAAAGCUUUUACAUCUUUUGGUCAAAAGGUUUGAUUUUUAGUGCUAUAUAUGCAGCUCAAUUCCAUGGCGCCUAGAUGGAAAUGGAAAGGAGCUGAAGCAAAAGCUCUUGCAGAACCUAUUUCAAAAUCAGUCUCAGAGCUCCAGCUCUCUCUAGCCGAAACAGAGUCCUCGGGAACCCUCUCAAGUUGCAAUGUGCUUCUAGCGGUUGAGCCAGAGCAAGCUGAGCUUCUUGACCGUUGUUGUUUUGGCAGACUCGUUCUAUCGGCAGAGAAAAUCAAGAAAUGGAUUCAGUUAUCUUUUGAAGAAGCUUUCUUUUUGCAUUACAAUCUCAAAUGCAUCAAAAUCUCACUUCAAGGUCGUUGCUUGGAGAAUGAAGUAGACACAUGGCUCUACAUGAAAUCAAAAAGACCAAACUUUCCAAUGUUUUUCAAAGCUUAUUCACAUUUACGAUCGAAGAACUGGGUUUUGAGAUCAGGGUUGCAAUACGGUGUGGAUUUUGUGGCAUACCGUCACCAUCCAUCUCUUGUCCACUCUGAAUACUCGGUUUUAGUUCAGUCUGGUGACAGUGAUCGGUUAAGAGUGUGGUCAGAUAUCCAUUGUGCUGUUAGGUUAAGCGGAAGUGUUGCGAAAACGUUGUUGACUCUCUACGUUAAUGGUAACUUCAAAGGAGAGGAUGUGAAUCUACUUGUAUGUUUGGAGAACUUCACAGUGGAAGAACAAACGAUAAGUAGAUGGAGCCCAGAACUCAGUCGUGAAGAUCAAUCCACAAAUUCAAAACAACAUGUUCCCAACGUGAGUAAUUUGAACACUCUUUGAGGAACCAUUCUCGGUAACUCAUGUCUGGUUUGAAUUUUUCAUAUCAACUUUAAAUUAAUUUCUACUCUAUAUAAAGAUGAGUAGCAUUUCUUUC